AUGAACGAAUCAUUUCUCGAUACAUUUGGGCCCAAUCGUCGUGAGCGUGAAGAACGGGAAAGGCGUGACGAACGUUUUAGGCGAGAUGACCGCCCAUAUUUUCGGGAAGAACAUCCACCUCAGCAGAAUGCACGCAACAAUAUGUUUACUAGAAGUAAUCAUAGACAGCGAACUCCGGUUGACUAUGAUGACAUGGAUAGAAUUCCACAGGGAGCUAAUGUCAACAUGACCUUUGGUGAUCGUCGAAUUCCCGGAAAUCCAUUAUUACGGAAUAAUAAUCCAGAAUUAGGAUCAAAUGAAAUGGGUUUUUCACCUAAUGAUCGUGAAUAUCCAUUUCGAUAUUCUGAUGAUCGAGAUGGUUGGCCAAAAGGUAGAAGUCCUUAUUCUCGCGAAAGAGAGCGCGAUAAAGAAAGGGAACGUGAGCGCGAAAGAGAUCGUGAGCGCGAAAGGGAUAGAGAAUAUCGCGAAAGGGAAAGAGACAAAGAAAGAGAACGGGAGAGAGACUUUCGUGAUCCUUUCAUGUAUAGAUCAAAUAUGUUGCCCUCGUCACAUUAUGCUCGAGAAAGUCAACAUGAAAUGUAUUAUCAUCAAAGAGAAUAUCACAGACACAAUAGAUUUCGAGAUUGGGAUGGCAAAGGGGAAAUGUAUCGAAGAUCUAGCAACUACAAUGAUAAAAGCAGAGAUGAAUUUAUGGAUUAUCAUCGCUAUGAUGGAAAUCUAUCUCGAGAUAACUCUGCAGAUUCUGAAAAAUUAUCAUUGGCUACUAGGCAUAAUCACUGGAGAGCUCCGCGUCGGGAUAGGAGAUCACCAUCGUCAUCGAGCCGUUCUACCCGUUCUAGUAGAUCACCGACACAUCGUAGGUCAAUAAAUUCUACUUCUCGUUCAUUGAGUCCUCAAAAUAGAUCCGUCAGUGUGAUCUCUAGAGAAUCAUCAUCACCACGUAGACCGGAAUCGGAUAGGUUCUCUUCAAAACGUCUACUUAGAAUUUCUAUCUCAAAACUUCCGGAAAAAAAUCACGAAUUUGAUGAUCUUUCAAAACAGGGCACAGAAGACGGAUAUGAAGAUGUGUUUGAAGUAGAUGAUUUGAAUUUACAUAAUAAUGAAUCAUCUAAUGUUCCAGCACAUGCUCUAGUUAAGUACGAUGAUGCAGAUUACGAGGCACCAGUUAGCUUCAAGAAUUCGACAGAGGAAGAAAUAGCAUCAGGUGGGGAGCAAUCAUCUUUGCCGCAAAAACCAAAGAAGAGUAAUGAUCGAGGGGGAUGGACCGGAUGGCGUAGCAUUGAAGGUGGUUCCUCAACAAAUGCACCUGACGGAGGCCACAAUGAAGAGUCGGGUGGGGUGGAUAAUGUUAGUGAAAAAUCCUUAGAUAUGGAUUUAAGUGAAGAAAAAUCAGACAUUUAUCUUGAACAAUCUCCUAAAAGGGAGUCAAUUGAAAAAAAUGAUUCAAUCAAUGACAAACCUCCCGUACAGCCUGAUGUUGGAGAAACUAUAGAGAAAGAAAUUAUAUCUUCAACUUCAAAAUCACAUAAUCAACAAACCCAAUCUCCACCUAAAAAUGUCGAGGGAAAAGAAAAUCAUAUAACUCAAAAUGAUGUUUAUAAUAACGGUAAUAAUAUAUCUGGGAUUGAAGCACAAAAUAUGGAAAAUAAGCCAAUAGUUGAUGUAGUGGACGAUAAUGAAAACGAAGAAGGAGAAAUUAUAGAUAAGGACUUUAGUGUACAACAGACAUCAGAAAGAAAUGAGGCCACGGAAAUAUCGAUUGAAUUUUCAAGACCUGAAGAUGUUUCUGGCAAAGAAACAACAAGUAUUCGUGAAGAUUUAGAGCAAAUGAUUGAAGAUGUGGAAGAUAAAAUUUCAAAAUAUGAAGAAUUUUUGGAGACAAUUCAACGUCAGAAAACGAUUAUUGAAAGAAAAAAGUCUCAAUUUAAAGUUAACAAUAAACCAACAAAUUUCGCAGAAAAAACCAACGGAAAUGCUGGUUCCACGAAUAGAAAUAUUAAUGAUGAAAACAAUGACAUUCAAUCAAUCGAUAGGUCUAUGUCAUCUUCAGCUAGAUUAUCCAAUAAUUGCCAUUCAGGAAUGGCAAUGAAUGAGAAUUCAAGAAAUCAAAACAAUCACAUGAUCAUUAAAGAUGAUACUUCUGUUCAUGACCCAAAAGCAUUAAGUAAGCGAGAAUUAUCUCUAUGGGAAAUAAUAUAUCAGGACAAUCACUUCGUCUCUGAAGAAGAUGAAUCAUCAUCUGAACCCCCUGAACAGGUUUAUAAUAGUUUAUUAGAAUAUCCCAUAUUCAAAAGAACUAUUGAAACCAAAACAUUUUAUGAACCCCAUAUAGUCCAAAACAUUAUCGCGAAAAAACAUGAUCUAGAAGAAAAAGAAAAAGCACUCAAAAACCAAUACAAAAUGUUGUAUGAAAGUUGGGUUCAGAAAAAUGAGAAACUUGAAAAACUUGCCGGAAAAAAGAAAAAACCAGAAAAAGCCGAAGUUAUCGCUGGACCUUCUUCCGAGGAAAUAGCUGGUGGUAAUAAUAGAUCGUUAGCGGGAAGAGCCUACCGUCGAGGUGAUGCUGCACGAUCGGAGGCCGAAUUAAAGGAGAUAAUUAAAGAUCUUGAGGCUGCUGAAUUACGCAAUCCUGAAUUACGUGCGCGUAGAACUCUGGCUACUAUACCUUCUAUGAUUCUUGACAAUUUUGAAUUAGAAACCUUGACUUUUGAUGAUAGUAAUAGGAUAGUCACGGACCCCACAGAAUUUUACGAAAUUAAACGUGACACGUUAUCUGAUUGGAAGCCUGAAGAAAUAGAAAAAUUCAAAAAUGUAUACUCAGAAUAUCCGAAACAAUUCGGGAAAAUAGCCGAUUUGAUAUCGAUUAAAACUACCAACCAAUGCGUUGAGUUUUAUUAUCUUAAUAAAAAGAAAUUAAUUGAUUUCAAAGCCUUGGUAUCGACAAAGGGACACACGAAAAAACGAAAAGGACCAGGACGACGAAGAACAUUAACUGGAACCACUACUUCUCCGCCUACUCCGGAGCAACCAAAUACUCGUAGAAGGAAUAAAGGAUCUGCUUUAACCGAUGAUAUUGGCAAGGCAUCAAGUUCUCGUAGGAGGAAUAAGGAGAAAGAAGAAAUGCAAAAAUUAGAUUUGGAGUUAGAAGAACAACAAGAACUCGAAACUGAAGAGAGGGAUAUCUUUGAAACAGAACCAUCUUCAGCACAAAUAGAGGAACAAUAUGCUGAUAAUGACCGAGAGGCACCAAUAGUAGCACCUUUAUCUCAACAAGAAAAACAAACUUCGUCUUCUCUACGAGAAAAUAACGAAACCGACAAGUCUUCAAAUGUUUCUUCUCAACCAACAUCUAAAAAAAGUAACGAGUGGACGGAAGAUGAUGCCUUUCUUUUAACCACCGCAUUUAAUAAAUAUGGUGAUGAUUUUGACUUAGUUGCUACCGUUGUGAAUAAAUCCAAAAAAGAGUGCGAGGAAUUUUAUCGUAAUCUUCGGUCUAAUCCUACAAAUAAUGUGGGUACUGAAAUUACUACAAAUGAAGCAGCAGCUAUCUCUCCUUCCCCUCCUCCUAAUAUCGAAGAAGAGGAAGCUACAACAUCAACGAAGAGAUCGAAGAGCAUUAAAACUAGAAAAAAAUCUAAAGCACAAGGAGAAGAAGAUAAUGAAAAAGGGAAAAAAAGAAAAGGAGGACGUGGAAAAAAGGUAGCCGAUGAUGAAGACGAAAUUGAUGAUGCUGUUGUUGCAACGUCAUCUGUCGUAGGUGAAGGAGUUACAAGACGAGUAUCAAGAGGUGAGGAGAGGAGUAUGACUCGUCAUUCAUCAUAUUGGUCCGUAAAAGAAAAAAUGAGUUUCCAGGAAUUAGUGAAAUCUCACGGAAAAGAUUAUGAAUCGAUAGCACAACAAUUGGGAACGAAAACAGCUCAUCAAGUACGAAAUUAUUCCAAUAAAAUAAAUGAAGAAUCGGGAACUGCUGAUAAAAAUGAACUACAAAUUGAAAAUCACGAAGAUUCGGUACCAGAGAUUACUGUUAUCAAUGACAAUACUCAAGAAUCAUCCGAAUCUAAUAUCGGGCAAGUUCAACCUCAAAAAUCUUCGCAGCAAUUAAAUUUGCCUCGAGCUGGGUACUUUGAAAGAAGUCAAAAAUCACCCAUUAUUACAUCCGAUCCACAACCAAAUACACAAUCGGUUGCAGUACCCGUGACGAUAAUAACAAAUACUACAACUCCCACUUCACCUUCUACCUCACCUAUUAAUCCGCCAAUUACACCUACUGAAUCAUCGUCAACGAUAAACAAAAACAAUAAUUCUUCUCAACCAGAAAAAAAAGAGGAGAUAAGAAAUAUAAAUUUAGAAUCAAUCACUGAAAAAUCUCCCCAACAGGGAAAAAGAACAAUUUUUGAUUUAUUGAAUCCGACAGAUACUGAAACGAUGGAUGCCACUAGUGAUAAUUGGUUCGGUGGAAGUAACGCCGCUGAAGAAAAAUCAUCGACUAGUCGGAGAAAUAUUCAAAAGGUGGAUAUUCGAGUCGUCGAGGAAAAUUCGAGUGCCAUUAGAUCUAAUGGUCCUGAAAUUCCUGUCAAUCAAAGCACUCCAGAUGUUGUCUCCCAUCCUCCGUCAAAUCAAACCUCUCCCGCUAUGACUGCAAACUUAAACCAAACAACACCAGUCUUGCCACAACUGUCGUAUUACAUACCUCCACAAACUGCAACUCCUGCUGCUCUACCCACCACUGGACCAACUAUUAAUCCUUUACAAUCGCAUAAUAAUACUCUAUCUUAUGCGAUAAAUCCUAGCCAUAGUUUACAACAGCCACCAGCAAAUAUAGUCCCACAUUACAAUCAAAUGCCUAUUUACAAUAUGACCCAGCAACAAAUAAAUCAACAAUCAGGACUCUCACAAGCUCAACAUUUGUUAGUUCAACAACAAAUGAUUGGGUCAACACAACCACCACCACUUCAACAAAUGUUGUUGACGCAACAACAAAGCAGGCGUAAAUCACUAUCACAAUCUACGCAGCAGCAGCAACUACUACUAAUGAAUCAACAACAGGCUAAUGCGCAAAACACAUCAUCAACUCCAACAUUGGUAUAUCCACAAAAUCUGCCUGGGAUUUAUCGACCCCCUCCUUUUGGUAAUAAUUCCUCGCUCAAUAAUAAUGGACAAUUAAUAGCAAGUCAUAACAUGCAAAAUUUUCAAGGGCAACAACGGCAAUCUAAUCAGCAGCUACUUUAUAUUAAUAAUCCUAAUACAGCAACUAUCGCACCAAUUUCCCGUCCAUCUUCUAAUAUGUCUAGUCAGGACAUCAACUCUAUUCGUCAUCCGUCAGCGAUGGGUGCAAUCACAGUUACAACAUUGGGAUCAAAAUACUAA